UAUUUUUUUACUUGCACUAUCUUUAUUAUUAUUGACUUGCACUAUCAAUAUUCAUUAUUGACAUAACGUUUUGGACCAACAAUUGUUAUAAUGUGUAUGUUACACAUGUAUAUAUUAUACAGAAAUUAGCAAUUAUUCAGAAUGCGUUUCGAUAACAAUUGCUAGCAUAUGACUUCCCGAAUUUGUAAAUAGUGUUGAACAUGUAUCGGUAGUGGGAAAAUAUUGCGUAGUUCUCUUUGUGAUGUUUAUUUUAUACACAGUUUUAUCUGGAAUUAUUAUCCAAACGUUUUGUUUGUGUGUAUAAGAAUGCCGUGGAAAGUUGGUGGAAAUUUUGAAGCUGUAGCAAUAUGUUACGACACAAAUUGGAGGUACUGUGUAAAAGCGGUGGCAAAUUACUUUUGGUCCGAGAUAGUAUCUGACGUUGUUGAUUAUAUAGCAAAAGAAGGCUUGAUAUGGGUCCUGAUAGCCGUUACUUCCCUGAUACUUAUCCACAUAAAGUAUCGUAAGAUUACGUACUCAAAACAUAUUGUGCUUGACAAUCAAAUAUUAAGUAACAUGAUAUAUACACUUCAGGAUCUAGAAUUGAGAGUCAAUGUCUUAACAUAUAAAAUGCAAUACGGAACUUUGCCACUACCGCACGAAAUUUAUAAUUUAAAUUCGAAAACAUUAAAAAAAAUUAAAAUGACCUUAUCGAGUCCGUGUGAUCGAAAAACCUGGAUGAAACAUAUGUUGCUAAGUGAGGGAACAAGAGCUUUAAGUUUAUCAAGAAAGGUAAAAAAGAAAGUACUUUGUGACAAACAAACAACAGUAAACAAAAAAGAACUACUACUAAUGAAGAAGAAAAAACUCAAAGAAAACAAAUCAACAAAGGAUGCCGAAGAAUAUUUUCAAAGUAAUGAAAAUGUUUCCACUGAUGUAAAUGACACCAGCACGUUUUUCACAAACUUCAUUUCUACCCUUCCGACAACACACAAUGUGCAAUCUUCUCGACAAAUGUUAUACGAAGUUAAAAAGAAAUUACGCAGUUUACACAACAUAUUGCAAAUUUAUCAAGAUAUGAAUCAAUCCUCAGAAAAAUUAGAAUCAACAAAUCAAGUCGAUAAACCUAAUACGUUUACUUUUAUCAAGUCUGAAAUCAAAAAAGAUAGAAGCAAACUUGAUUGUAAUGUUAGUUCUAAAGUCUUGCAAGGAACGCGAUCCUCGAAGAUGACGAAUAGUUGUGAAUAUUUUGAGUUAGGUUGUUCACGAGAAAGUUCAUCUUCUUCGAUCGGAAAUUCAUCAAACGCAUCUAUAAAACUUCUACAAAGACCAGUUGAGAAUGAUUUUUCAGCGCUUGUAACAACGAAACCGCACAGAAGAUAUUCAUUUUCGUCCAAUGCGAUAUUACAAAAAGAUUGUGAGAAUAAGCAAAAGAGCGGUGAAACACUUACAUGCGCACAAAACAUUUCAAAUUGGAGUUGCAGCAACAAUUCAAACAUAGCUUUCAAAGUCGACAAAAAUGCAACAAAAAUAUGUUUAAACGCACAAUCUAAUAAUUUCAAAAAAAAGAUGUUUGAACCAGACCGAAUAUGCUGUAACUUAUCGGUCAAAUCAUUCGAAGAUAAGAAUGCACAAACUAAACCUGAAACAUCUUUGAUGAAAGAAUAUGAUAUUGCAAACUUUGAAGAUGUUUUUGAUAAAAACGUAACAUCACAAAGUGGUGAUUUGAGUGAAGUAUCAGACAGUAAUGACAAAAAAGAGAAAUCGACAGCAUUGUUGCUGCAAGAGGCUUUGCAGUUUAAAAAAGCUUUGUUAACACAGAUUCGGUCAAACAUCAAGAAUCGAGAUUUCAUAGAAAACUUUUCAUUGAAACACAAUACGCAAACUGCAAGCAAUUUUUUUAUAGCAAACGACGGAAAUCGAAAUUGUAUUUCCGAAACACCUUCUGAAUAUUUCAGCAUUACUGAUGUGGCAAUUCAUAAUAACGAUACAACUGAGAGCCAAGUUUCAUCAACAUCAUCAUCAUCAUCAAAGCCAUUAAUGUACAAAAACAUUAUUACGGCAAGAAUACCAGUUGGUGUAAAGAGCCAUGACAAUAUCAAUAAAAGUGAAACAUUGUUGCAAACAGGAACAAUCUUGAAAAAUACUCAGAAUCAUAUAAAGUCGCGCGAAACCUCGGAAAAAAACGUGAAUGAUGUCAACAAUCUGACAAAAGAACACUUAUCGUCAGUGCCAAGAUUACAGGAUCUUAUUUUAACACACGUGAAGAAUAUCCGAGAGUAUAUAGAUAAUUUUCUACAGAGCCAAAAUAAAACGAUAUCCGCAGCAUGCAAAGAGCUUCGGUAUCGAAGUAAAAAAAACAUUUUUCAUUGUUCAAACGAAGCGAGUCGCACACGUUUGCCCAAUCAAUUGACCAAUCCAGUUGUUAGUUCUCCGAAUAAUUCGUCAUAUCUUUUGAUAAACACUUGUUGUAAACCCGAACUUUUCAUCAACGAUGAUACUUUCAAGUCCUGUACUGAUGUGUGCUUAAAAAGAAAUCCAAAAGUGUUUAGGUUUACUACUUCAUUUGAGAAUACGUUCAAAAAGAAUACGCAAUGGCUAGAAACAGCAGAAAUAAGACAAAAAGAAAUGGACCUUCCACUGCCGAUAAUUUUAAAAUAUUUAUGCAAAAGUGAUUUAAAACCUAAACACGAAAAAGAAUACGUUACGUCAAAAAAAAACAAUAAAACGCAUAAACAAGUAAUAACUGACAUGGAUUUUCAAAGGCACGCACAAAUCAUCAAAAGUGAAGACAUUGUUAAAACUACUCAAACGAAUGACAGAUCCAAUUUAAUUUCUUGUAAUAAUCCAUCAUACAUUAUCAACAACAAUAUAGCAUCUAGUAAACCUAUGUCAAAUACAAAACAUAUAGUAAAGUCGAACAAAGAAGAAGCAGAAGUUCUCAUUUUUGAUAAAUCAGAAAAAAAGAUGUUAAAAGAAAAAAAUGUUACUUUAAAUUCCGCUGCAUCUCCAUUGUGUUUGUUGUUAGACAUAAAAAGACUUCUAAUCAAUGCAGAUAGUUUAUUAAAUAAUCUAAAUCAAAAUAAAAUAUCUGCAAACAAUAAUUAUCUGCAGCUUAAAGCCAAAAGCGACAUGUCUUUACUAACAAAUAAAAGUAAAGAUUUAAAUUUUUCUCUCAAAAAAUCGCAUUCAUUUUCGACGCGCAAUGAUAUUUUGGAACACAUCCGUAAACUGUUACGUCAGUCUUGUGCAAAGUUGCAAAAUAGUAAAAUUAAACGUAUAGAAAAUAAAUUGCAACUUAUAACUCGAUCUAUUAUAUUGCCGCAAAGAACUUUUACCAAAUCUUUCAUAUCAAAAAAUCAUUCAGAAGUCUCAGCUCGCCGAAUAAAACAUCAAACGCAAAAUCCUACCGUAAGUCCAAUGUUAUGGAAGGAAAAACUCUAUACGAAAGGUGACAUAAAUAAAUAUUUGUGCGCAGAAAAGUCUGUCUUAAAUUUAACUGAAUUAAAUGUAGAUAAGGAAAAUUUUGUCAAACAAUCGGAAAAACAUAGAAAUACUGACGCAUCGUUAAAGGAAGCUUCGGAAAUUCUACUUAAUGAUCGAAAUGCGCAAUUUCGGACAACCAACAGAGAACAUUCAAAUAAGAAAUAUGUAUGUAACAGUGGAUUCGACACGCGAAUAACGAAACAUGUACAAAAUACUGCUCCAAAAGAAGUAAUUGUUAUUUCUAUUAUAGAAAAUAACAAGCUGCAGGAAAGAAACUUAACAUAUCAGAACGGAUUAUGGUCUAAAAAAAACAUAGAAGAAAAAGAAGUAACUGCGAAACCUUCCAUUGCAGAUACAUGUACAUCAAUUUCCAAUUUACAUACUGAAUAAACUUGUAUAGUCUAUCUUUUAUGUGUGUAUUUUUAUCAGUUUCUUUUAUAAGAAAGAAUGUGUUUUCUGAAUAGACAAAUUGUUGGUUUAAUCUGUAUAUUGUUAUUUGCAAUGUUAUGUUC